AUGACUGAGGUCGUGCCCGCCGACCGCACGAAGCUUCUGCAAUCAAAGCGGGCAGAAUGCAGUGCUAUCAUUCGUUCGAGGAAGAGGAAGCUCUGCGUUCUGUAUGCGGUCGCCACGACUACGGAUGGCCUCCCACAGCGAAGCUUCGCCGAUCCAGACGCGCCACCAACCAACGCUGCCGAGUUACAUUUUCUUGAAGGUUGUGAUAUCUUACAAGGGAGAAAAUUAAACGAGUUAAAUAUUCCUACGCGACUACGAGUUCGAUCCGAAUACCCUCCACUAGCCCGACCCGGCGAGAAUAUUAUCACAAGCGAAAAUGCUCAUCAGAGUAGGAAGAAAGAUGUCGGCGCUAUCGUGCGACCCGUAAUGGUACCGCCUCCAGUGCAAUCGCGACCAGGAAUUAGUGAUGGCCAAACGAAUGUUCCCUCCACUCUACCAAUACCAACAUCUAGUCCCGUAUUGAAACAGCAUCAGCCAGUUUGGCCAAUCCAAUCUUCCGGACGACCUACGAGACCAGAUCCUCCCGCUCCGUUAUCAAAUGAUCUAUCUAAACCUAGGUUUCCGUCUAGUGAACAUGUAGAGCAUCCACCUACGAACGAUAGGCCUGAUGGAACCCCCAAGAUUCCAACAGGUCACGCCGCGGCCUCUGUCAAUCUUCCUCAACCACAAGUAGUUCAAGCUCUUAUGAAUGACCAGCGACAGCGACAGCAGCAACAGCAACAGCAACAGCAACACCAGCACCAGCACCAACAACUACCGCUACAACACCCACAGCAGCAAUACCAGCACCAACAACAACUCCAGCCGAAGCCGCAGCAGACAGCGCAACAUGCGGACACGCAUUUAGGAGGUACCCACAAUGGCGAGCCGAUGGAUAUUGACCCUGCCCCAGCUACGAAGCUUGAAGAGAAGGUGGCUGAGGUUCACUCGAUUUCUCAGGUCGACGGCACUAACGGAGUUGAUGGCGCAUCUUCAAGUUCAACAACACCAGUCCUUUCCAGUACAACGAACAAUGUAAAUCCAGCUCGUGAAAGUGUGCCACUUGCAGACGGUACAGAGGCCAAGCUGGCGGGAAUGAAAGAUGUGGCGUCGAUAAGACAAAAUUCAUUGAGCUUAACGCCGUCUGAGCCAACCGUGGCUGGAACAUCCGAAAGCAUUCCGAAUCGAGUCAAAGACCAACCGCCCGCGCUGCUAGCACCCACCAUUACAACAACGGAGAUACCAAUUAAUGCUAACCCGAAAGUUAAUUCGGUACAGCCGCUAAACAAUCCAUUAUUUACUACGCAGCCUGAAAAGCCUGUGGCCACAAGCUUCGAGCAGACUACGAGUAGUUUCCAUACAAUCCCACAAUUGCCCGUACAGCAGCCUCCUAACAAUGAUUCCCGUGAUUUUCCGAUUACGGAUACGAGGAACGAGAAACCGCCGACUGAUACAAGUACAACCGCCGCCGGGUUUACUAACGGUAUUGUUCAGGGUGGAAGCAAGAACGAAGUCAUGGAGAAAGAAAUUUCGGUGGCCCCUGUUGACUCAACUCCGAUUACACCGCAACUUGACUCCGAAGGAACGCGACGUUCCCCCCAACCAGCGCAAUCUCAUCAGCCGAUUCGAGAGCGAAGUAGCAGCCCUACGGGGGUUGCUCGACAGAAACCGGUUGCUGAGAUCCUUAGUGAGCCGCCGAGGAGGUCGAGAGAAUCCCUAUCGGAUCAUACAGCAUUGGUGACACCCACAUCUCAGUCGUCUAGACAGCAUCCGCAAAGCCUUCUUGGAAGGUCUAAGCUUGUAGAGAAAAGUAAACGGUCGACAGUAGUGUUCGGUAAACAAACUAAACCUACCGGAGAUUCGGAUAAAUCACUGGUUCAGAAUCAGCAGAAGGUUGGGCAGAUAGCUAGUGAUGACUACUUUACUCCCCUUUUUGUCCAGGCGUUUGCCUCAAACUCCAAAUGGAUGAGACCUCUGGACCAGAUUUUACACCAGGCCCAUAAGACAUUGUCAACGCCCGAUUCUUACACCCAAAUACUUGACAAUCAAGCUUGCAAGGUCCUUAAGAGGGUUUAUCACUUGCAACAUCAUAACAAGUGGUCUUUACGCCAACCAAAGCGUUGCCCUGAGCCCACGCGCCAACCAUGCCACUGGGAUGUUUUACUUAAAGAGAUGAAAUGGAUGAGAACUGAUUUCCGUGAAGAGCGAAAAUGGAAGAUGGCAGCCGCCCGGAACCUUGCUUAUGCCUGUGCCGAAUGGGUGUCAGCUUCUAUAGAAGAUCGCAAGACCCUGCAGGUAGAUGCUAUCAUACCUCCUAAGGCGCCAGCCGAUACUAGGGAGGUCAUUAUGGGUGAUGUGCAUAACCCUCAGAGUUCGGAUAGUCAACCGACGCCAGACCUUAUUCCAUCCGCGGACAUGGACUCCCCAAUGGAGCCAGACGACGAGCCUCACGAGGGUAUUCUCGACACAGUAGCUCCAUCGGCUAUAUUCGCCCUAGAGAACGACGAUAUAGUAUUUGCGUUACAUCAGUCUCCUACCGCGGACCGGCUACUUGAAGAGCUGCCUAUUUACGGAUCGCCGCUGAAAGUCCCCAAGUCCGACCUCACCGCGCCAGAAUACGACCCUGAUGCUUCGUGGAGACGCCCUGCAUUACCACUAAGCAAGUUCGUGGAAGGCCGAAUGGAACUCGCGCCAAACGAGCCGCCAAAGAAGCGAAGCCGAUACAAUUAUGUGCAGGAGGACGACGAGGAUGAUGGAGUCGUUUUCGGUCAGUUGAACAAUAGCCAACCUCGACUAGAGCCAGAAAGCCCCGACGUGGCGCUGUUUCGACCCGAAAAUAAAAGUUUCAGGGAUAGACUGCACGCUGGACAUCAAUUCCGUCCGCCCAAUGAGCAUUCUAUGCCUUUCCAGUCAUUUUAUGAGUGCCGUAGCCCUUCCCAAUGGAUACAGUCCGAGGAUGAUGAACUGAAGAGCCUCGUUCGUGAGUAUUCUUAUAAUUGGUCUCUAAUAUCUAGCAUACUCUCCUCCAAGUCCUUAUUCAGCUCUGGGGCUGAGAGGCGGACACCAUGGGAAUGUUUUGAACGCUGGGUUAUGCUCGAGGGACUUCCUCAUGAUAUGCAGAAAACACAGUAUUUCAAGCUAUGGCAGGGCAGAAUUGAAUCGUCACAGCAAGUUAUUCGACAGCAUCAGAACGCGAUGCAACAACAAGCACAGCAGCAACAGCAAGCUAACUCUAAUGGUCCUGUUACACCGAUCCCUAAGCGGCGGUACAACGUUCCAUUAAAGGUAGAGAGGCGGCGUAACCAGAAACACCUGACGAUGAUAGACGCGAUGAGAAAGCUUGCAAAGAAACGUGAGACAGCCAUACAAAAACAGCAGCAUGCCGCUUCUCUUGCAGCUACGAGAAAGCCAAAUGAAACACCCCAGCAAAGGGCCCCGACCAAGACCCCGAGAGAAUACAGUAUCAUGCGAUUCGAAAGAGAUCAAGCAAUGGCCGAGAGGUUAGCAGAGAGGAUGGCACAACAGCAGCGUCAUGAGGCCCAGCGCAGAGCUGCCCUUCAAAGAGCACAGCAAGGACAGGUUGCACAGAUGGCAGCCGCCCAGAAUGUGAAUCAGCUCCCGCAGAAUAAUACUCAGAUGGCAGCCUCUCAUCCCCAUGCGGCUAUGGCUCGUGUCGGUGCUCCUAGUCAAAUCCCGAUGAACAGCCAAGGUCGUCCGCGAAUGCCCAUGCAUGCCACUCCGAAUGGUACAGGAACCUCUAAUCACAUGAGCGGCGGUCUCGUUCCUCCUAUGCAGAUGAAUGGCACCUCUCAAGUACAGAUGCCUACAGUAAACGGCCAGUCGCGGAUGGCGAUGCCCACUGCACAGCCAGACAUUCAGCUCUUGAUGCAAGCGCAGCAGAUCUCCGAGCAACAGCGCCGUUCGGUGCAGAUGCGGCAGCAGCAGCAGCAACAACAACAUCAGCAACAAUCUCAGACUCCACAAGGAAGCAUGCCUUUGCAAAGUUCACCCCCCGCCAUGCGAGCUGCCGCGAUGAGUGGAUUGAACCAGAAAAGUUACCUUACUAAUGCUCAGGCCCAAGCAAUGAUGGCCCAGUUCAACGCCGGAAAUAGUUCAGGAAUGUCGACUCCUCCCGCAUCAGGCCUUCCCAUGACGUCCCAAGCAGGGUCGCCGCGACCAAAUACGACAAUACCUCAGCCGACGCACCAGACAUACGUCUCACAGCUUCAGCAUAUUGAGAGUCAAAUUAGACAGCAACACCCCAACACGCCACAAGACAUGGUCCGUGAAAUGGCAAGGCAGCUGCUAAAUACCCGCCACAAUAACCACAACCUUGCACAGUCUGCGAUGAACGCUGCUGCGGGAGGUACAGGACAUGCUGCUGCUGCUAAUGGGCCACACCAAUAUGCGCAGCUGCUUAGAGCUCAGCAACAGCAACAAGCUGCUGCCGCCGCCGCAGCGCAGGCCCAACAAGCGCAGGCGCAAGCUCAAGCUCAAGCUCAAGCUCAAGCUCAAGCUCAACACGGAGCACAGCAACAGCAUCAGCGAAACUCGAGCGGAAGUGCGACACCAACACCGUCAGUACCGAAGUAG